CAAUUAUGCCAAAGGGGAUAUUUGGGUAAUUAAGGUGGGAGGGGCGGUUGGCGUAGGAGAGGGCGGAUGGAGAAUGGGAGGUGACAGACUUUGAUUCUCUUUGGACAGGUGGCCAUGGCCUCAUUGCCGACUCAGGAUCCCGGGGGCCCUGACUUAUUUUCUGGGCUGCCGCCGGCAGCCUCGACUCUAGCCAACCACAGCGCAGAGGCCUUAGUGGGCAAUGACUCCGCGGCUGGUCCAGGCGCUCAGGCCAUUACGCCGUUCCAGAGCCUGCAGCUAGUGCAUCAGCUAAAGGGGCUGAUUGUGCUGCUCUACAGCAUCGUGGUGGUCGUGGGGUUGGUGGGCAACUGCCUGCUGGUGCUGGUGAUCGCACGGGUGCGUCGGCUACACAACGUGACCAACUUUCUCAUCGGUAAUCUGGCCUUGUCGGACGUGCUCAUGUGCGCCGCCUGCGUGCCGCUCACGCUGGCCUACGCUUUCGAGCCACGCGGCUGGGUGUUCGGCGGCGGCCUGUGCCACCUGGUCUUCUUCCUGCAGCCCGUCACCGUCUAUGUGUCGGUGUUCACGCUCACCACCAUCGCGGUGGACCGAUACGUUGUGCUGGUGCACCCGCUGCGCCGGCGCAUCUCGCUGCGCCUCAGCGCCUACGCGGUGCUGGCCAUCUGGGCGCUGUCCGCGGUGCUGGCGCUGCCGGCCGCCUUGCACACCUACCACGUCGAGCUCAAGCCGCACCGUGUGCGCCUCUGCGAGGAGUUCUGGGGGUCCCAGGAGCGCCAACGCCAGCUCUACGCUUGGGGGCUGCUCCUUGUCACCUACCUGCUCCCCCUGCUGGUCAUCCUACUGUCUUAUGUCCGGGUGUCGGUAAAGCUCCGCAACCGCGUGGUGCCUGGCUGCGUGACGCAGAGCCAGGCUGACUGGGACCGCGCGCGACGCCGCCGCACCUUCUGCCUGCUGGUGGUAGUUGUGGUGGUGUUCGCCGUCUGCUGGCUGCCGCUGCACGUCUUCAACCUGCUGCGGGACCUCGACCCGCGCGCCAUAGACCCCUACGCCUUUGGGUUAGUGCAGCUGCUCUGCCACUGGCUAGCUAUGAGCUCGGUCUGCUACAACCCCUUCAUCUAUGCCUGGUUGCACGACAGCUUUCGCGAGGAGCUACGCAAGCUAUUGCUGACCUGGCCUCGCAAGGUUGCACCACAUGGCCAGAGCAUGACAGUCAGUGUGGUCAUCUGACGUCACUGCACCGGGCCUUGGUUGGGGAGGUUCAAGUCCCCUUGGUCCCUGAGGGUGCUCACCCGGAGGCAAGACUGGAGAGCUUAUUCCAGACCUAAGCUAAUUCUAAACCAUUUCCUGGCAAAAUGGCCAGCUGUCUUGGCUUGUCCUUGUGGUUCUGUAAAAUAUUAAGUAGGCUUUGGUGAGAGUCUUGUGCU